AUGAUUCCGGCCAGCAUGAGACCAGAAAAGAAAGCAGCCAUGGGAAGAAUCAGGUACAAUACCGACAAGGGCUACUUCUUAGUAUCGGAACCAUGGCGUUUUGGUCUACAUAGGACAUAUAUGUUCUCAGGCUCGCGCUAUGCUACUUACAAGAAGGCAUUUACGGAUAAUCAAGGGAAAACACUGAUAGCAGAUGACGACACAGGCGAGAAUGAUGAACCUCUUAAGAUCUGGAAGAUUGUGAUUGAGGAUAUUGCAGUCUUGAAAAAGGCGGGGAGAAUCUAUCGCGUCCUCGUUACUUGGCGCGAUAACGAAGAUCCCAACAGGGAACUUCCAAAGCUCUCCAAUAUAACUAGCAUGAGGCAGAGAUUUGGACAAGCUACAAACCAGCGACUAGCGUUUGAGCAGAAGAUACGAGGGCUGGAACCAGAUUGGGCAUUGCCAAAAGCGAUUGAAGAUCAUGAAGAUGCAAAGGCACUGUUUGUCCGUGAGCAUACGCCUGCAUUGAUACGAGCGGGAUCGUGUCUGCCAUAG